AUGUCGCCAAUGCUAGAUGAUUGGGAUGCUCCAAACAUUGAGAACACAGUGCCGCAACUUGAUCCCAGCUCUUCGAGUAAGAGCGUUCUUUAUGUCGAUGCCUAUGACUCAUUCUCCUACAAUGUCGUUGCUAUGCUGGAGGAGACCCUGGGGGUCAAAGUCACCGUAAUGACCAUUGACUCGGAAUGGCCCGAAUCCAACAUUAAUGAGUUUCUCCAGCAUUACGAAGCAGUCAUUCUUGGACCAGGACCAGGAGAUCCCAACGUGCCGACUGAUGUAGGUAUCAUGAGGGAUAUUUGGAACCUUCGCGACUCGGAGCUCCUUCCCGUUUUUGGUAUCUGUCUGGGCUUCCAAAGCCUCUGCCUUCAUAACCGUGUUCCUAUCGAGCGACUUCCAUACCCGAUUCAUGGCCAGAUUCACAAGAUUUCCACGUCAUCGAAGGACAUCUUUGCAAAUCUACCCGAGGUAGAGGUGACGCUUUACCACUCACUCUAUGCCAACGCCGCCGCUUCAACAUCGCCCGAUUUGGAAUUUUUGGCUUGGUUGUCUCUAAGGGACCGCACAAAAGUACAGAUACCCAUGGCAGUUCGCCAUCUCAAGAAGCCAUUCUGGGGUGUUCAAUUCCACCCGGAGUCCUGCAAAUCAGAAAUCAAUGCAUGCAAAACACUUCUCCGAAAUUGGUGGAGGAUGGCUCUUGGAUACAACAAGAUUGUUGGACGCGGGGGAUAUUGUUCCCUUCCCAGCACAGUCAUCAGCCCCCUAACAACCCCCAGUCUCUUCCCCGAUGCUGCUUAUGAAAUGCUCAACUGGAGCAAGUCGACUUCGAAAAUUUCGGCUUACCGGUCCCUUCACCGGCCUGGCUUGACCGCAGAGGCUAUAGGUGAGUUUUUCAACAAACCAGGCUCACCAGCAGUCCUUUUCCAAUCCAAUGGACAACACAGCAUCGCUUCGGUGCCGAGUCCUGGCUCAUGGCGGUUUGAAUACCAUGUCGAGACACAGGAACUUCGAUUGCUCCAACUGCAUGGCGACUACAAAGAGGUUAAGAGUCAUCUUACCGUUGCUCAAUUGUGGGAUGCCUUGCGGUACUUGAUGGAAAUGAAGAAAGUCGAUUCAGGGAACUCUCAGGUGCCAUUCUGGGGUGGCUUCCUGGGUUAUCUUUCCUACGAACUUGGUCUCACUUGUCUUCCCCACGCAGACCAUGCGCAGGCUUCUGAGUCACUAAAGCCCUCCAGUACCGAAAUACCUUCAUUUCAUUCUUCCUUUGCAGAUCCACCCGAUGUCAGCCUUCUGUGGUGUGAAAGAAGUAUCGUGGUUGACAAUACUACUGGCGCCGUUGUUAUUCAAUCCACUCGCGCUAAUGAUGCGAAUUGGCUCGGUGAGACACUAAAGCAGCUGCAGAAAUUCUCGGACAGUGGCAACGACAUGUCUGCGGACCAAGCCUUGGAUUCAAUUCUCCUGAAAAGCAAGAUUCAGCUCCCCGAGGAAAAAGAGUACAAGCGGCAAAUUGAGUCAUGCAAAGCGGAGCUGGAGGCCGGUGAAUCUUACGAACUAUGUCUAACCUCUGAGACAUUAAUCACCUUGCCAGUUCCAGAAGUGGAGUCUGAUCGCGUGAUGUUCCCCUGGAAGCUGUUUAGACGACUCAAGAGAUAUAACCCAGCUGCAUUCAGCGCUUUCGCGGAUUUGGGAGAUACGAAGAUCGCCAGCAGCAGUCCAGAGUGUUUCCUCAACUGGGACCGUGAAUCAACACUGGAGAUGAAGCCAAUGAAAGGCACGGUCCGAAAAUCACCAGACAUGACUAUGGAGAAGGCCUGUGAGAUUCUUGGCUCUACGAAAGAGAUGGCCGAGAAUCUGAUGAUAGCGGAUUUGAUCCGGCACGAUCUGUACGGCAUCUGCGGAUCAGGUGGUGUCCAUGUCGAGAAAUUGCUCGAAGUCGCAGAUUAUGGCCGAGUUUACUCAAUGAUCACCCACAUCAAGGGCAAGAUCCGGCCCAACCACCCUGGUUUUGCUGUGCGACACAUGUCUCAGCUGAAUACUCCCAACAUGUCCGUUCACGGUCUGGCAACCCUCCAGCGGUGUCUACCACCAGGUUCCAUGACUGGUGCGCCCAAGGAACGCUCUUGCAUGCAUCUUCGGACGAUUGAGAAUCGCAAGCGUAGCAUUUACUCCGGCGUGAUGGGUUUCCUGGACCUUGGCGGAGGCGGAAGCUUCUCGGUUCUGAUUCGCUCGGCAUUCGCUUUUUAUGGUGGUCAAGAUUACACCGAGAAUAAGCAGCAGACUUGGCGAAUUGGCGCCGGCGGUGCCAUUACCACACUCAGCACCGCGGAGGGCGAAUGGGAUGAGAUGUUGACCAAACUGCGUGUAGUUUGCAACGUCUUCAAGCCGCUGAGUGCAGAGGAGGAAUUUGCUAAAACCUCUUAA